UGCUCAACGUGGGAGGCUGUGAAUCAGACAUGACAUGAAAUCGCGGUGAUGCGUCUGAUGCAAAUAUUUGGAGGCACCGUUUAAUUCCGUGACAGAGGAUUCGGAGCACAAUAUUUCAACCUUAACGUUUCUGUUGGAUGCAAUGUCCUAUCUGAAACCCCGGGGGAGAGAACUCGAGCGCUUUGAUGGACUUUCGCUCAUUUACUGGACACUGAUGGGUCCGUAUGGAGUAGAUCGAGCAGUGCAUUCUAUGGAUUUUACAGAUUGUGAAAAUGGAUUAGGAAUCAAAGUGAUUGGUGGUGUGAAAGAACUAACUGGAGAGGAAUAUGGAGUUUAUGUGAAGAGAAUCUUACCUGGUGGCCUUGCUUCCGGUGAUGGAAACCUACAGCCUGGAGACCAAAUCCUGGAGGUAAAUGGUGAAAGCUUAAUUGGUGUGACAAGUGAAAGGGCGGUGGACAUUCUUAGAGCAGCAUCCUCAACUAAUCACAUGCGCCUUCUGAUUGCCAGGGAUGAGGAAGCCAGGCGGGAAUUUGCAGAGCUUCUUGAAAAAUAUGGCUCAAACGGCAGCACGGGAUCUACCAGGAAUUCUCCCAUUCAGCAUACAGGCAGAUACUUGGACAGCACAUCUUCAGGGUCUUCAUCCAGAUCUCAGAGUCCACUCUUGCUUAGUCCUGCAGGCUCUCAGAGUAAUUACAACAGUACAGGACCCUUGCUACGCUCCCUAAGUCACCCAGGUGAAGGUGUGAUUCAGCUCAUAUCAAUUGCCCGCUCCUGCAGUCUGGGUAUUGCCAUCGGAGGAGGCUCCAACAGACCUGACGGCCCUGCAGUUUUCAUCCAGGAAGUGCUGUCUGGAGGAGAUUGUCAUCGGGAUGGACGGCUCAGACCUGGAGAUCAGCUUAUUGCCAUUAACAAGGAGUCAUUGAUAGGUGUCACACAUGAGGAGGGCAAAAGUGUGCUCAACAAAGUCAAAUUCAGUCAGGAGCCAGUGGUGGAUAUUGCCUUCAUCCCAGGGAAAGGCCCUUUCUCCAACAGCACUUCAUUACAUAAUGGGGUUCAGAGGGGGGUUGGGAAUGGAUACAACUCCAGCCGGUUAAAAGUUAAUGUCCGAUCUCAUGAGAUGCAACGAGAGGAAACGACUCCAGUACUUUCAUCCUCUCCUGAUAUCUGCCCUCCUGACAUACAAGUUUCAGCUUCCAACGCACAGAGACCAGCCGCUGUUUCCAAGCCCAAGAUCUCGCUGGACCCCCAUAUACGGCUCAAAGCAGAGAAGCUUGAUCUGGCUCUGUCGUAUCUGGGUCUGGAUGUUACAGAAGAGAAGAGACGGCAGCUCAGAGAGAGUCUCACUACAGACCCUCAGGGGACAGUGUCAUAUGGAGACUUUGUGGACGCCACACGCAGUGUUUAUCAAGAGAAGCUGGAGGAGGCGGGACUAGGACAAGGGCCCUUUAUGUUCUCCUAUCAGGAAGCAGCUAGCUUGAUGGACACUUCUGCUUUUCACUCCCCAACAUAUGAGUCAGAGUGCAGCUACAGCAGUGAGGAGCUGGAGGAGUUUCAGACGGAAGUCAAACAACUUCAGAUGCAAAUGAAACAACUCAAGGUGUUACUGAAAGACACAGAAGACAGUAAGAAGACUCUGGAGGAGGAACUGCAGAAGACAGCUGAGAAGGCCACAGCCACAGUGGAGGAGAAUAAGUCUCUGAAGAGUAAGCUACAGGUUGCAGAGGCGGUUCAGAGGCAGACUAACAGUGCCGAGCAGGACUAUGAGGAGGUCAUUCAGCUCCUGGAGGCUGAAAUCAAAGAUCUGAAGAACCAGCUAUCCGGAAAGAAACAAAGAGGCCUGGAGGCUACCAAAGAAGAUGUGAUGGAACUGAACAGGAGACUCACUGCCAUUGACAGUCAGUUGAGAAAGUCUGAACUGACAAGGAAACACCUGGAGAUAUCCAACAAGAAGCUUAUUGGCUUUGCUCAGAAUGUCCACAAAGUUCUCACCAACACCGGCUUAUUUGGAAUAGAAAGUGGGAGCAUGAGAGCAUCUCCAACGACUGACAUCCCUGACACACCCUCCCCCAUCCCUGACCCUGCCUGCCAGCUCGCGGCUGAGGCCAAAGAGCUCGUGGAUGGUGUCUGUUCACUUUGCACUGAGGAUCACUCAUUACCGCAGUAUGUAGAGGGAUGCAUUGCAAAGGCCAGAGACGACUCUGAUUCAGACCUCAUUCACUGGCCACAGCCUCCCCUCAUCUGAGAUCCUGCUGUAAGAGAGCAGACAUCAGUAGAGGAUCUGGGAUGGAAAGGAACUGGGGUGAAUCUCAGAAGAUGGAGCGAGGUUGAACUGAAAAAAUACUGUGGAAAAAGCUCUAUCAGCUGAUCAGGUCUACUGAUCAAAAGAGUGUUUUUUUAAUUAAAAAAACACAACAGUCCAUGUACAUAUAUGUACACUUGUAGCAUUACUCAGUGUCAUAAUGUAGAUUGAAAAUUAAAACAAACAAGCAAGAAAACGCCACCAUCCAUUAUAGAAGUGACUUUGAAAUGCUCAAGGGUAAUUUUGAUCAAUGUGCCAUGUGCAACAUUUACUGUAUUUCAGCAGAUUAUGUGGUUACAAUGCACAGUUAUAGAGAAGCUGCAAUAUUAAAAAGAGAAAGAGAGCUUUCUAUACUAUGAUGUUUCAUCAUACAGUAUAUCUCCCCAUUAAACAAAUGUAAUGUAAACAUGUGGCUGACCUCUCUAUUAGAGUUAGGUAAUAAUACACAGAACAUGUUUUACAUUUCACUUAGGGAACUUGGGGCACAGUCCCCACUUUUCAUCAUUUGAUAUGAUGCUUAUUUGUAUUUGUUCUGAGAAGUGCUAUGAUGUUUUGAAGAUUUUAUAUUUUGAGUCCAAAUCUUUUAUUAUUGAGGACGCGUGGACAUGCUUGCUUCUAAGUAUGUACGCAGUUGUUGUUAUAAUCCUCGUAAAUCUUGCAGUCAAAUCCUCUGAUGUCCUCUUCAUGUCCUUGCUGUUUAUGUCAUUCUGUGCUCAGACACAUUUGCAGCACAGGUUAGUCCAAUGUCAGCCAGCAUCCUUUUCCAUUACUAUCAGGUAUAGUCUGUUAAGUGCUUAGGGAAAUAAUCCUUCAUAGCUUUUUUCUUUGAUGGAUGGUAACUUUGGUCAUUUCAGAAGUGCAUCUUAGUUCUGGUGUCCUCAUGACUAUACUGAUUGUACUAGGAGGAUUUUGGUUGUCAUGGCAUCAUCGAGUAAUGGAGGUCAUAUUGCAGUGUUCCAUCCCAAAUGCAUCCAUUCAGCUAAACAAUACACAUGGUUCAGAUUACUGCUCUCAUAACCACACUGUAUUCAACUGUUUUGUCUUGGAAUAUAUGGUAGGAUCACUUCUAUCAGUGUGUAAUAUGGACGGUGGUGACAUUCAUUUCCUGAGGAUAAAGGUGGAACUGUAUGUAACAGUAAUUGUAAGGUUAUGCAGGUUUGAAUAUAUAAAUAACAGCACAUGCUCUAAAAAUGCUGACCUGUAGUCCUGUGAUUUAACUAGAUCGCAUCAUAUGUGUGGCCUAAAUGUCUUUCUUUUAAUGUUUUUAUUAAA